AUGACUAGACCCGGGCCGCUUACCAAUAUCCGGCGGUAUGUCCACCUGCCGCGGACAGCCAGAUCCCCUCGGAUAGACAUUUCCGAUCAUAGCCUAGCCCCAACUCCAGAAGAGCUUGAGGCCAUCAAUAAUCUUCCUUUCUUUCAAGAAGAGAAAAAGGUGUCAAAUCGUCCGAUCACUAAGGCCAAGCAGUCCUAUCUUGAAAAUAAACUACGCAUAGUACGACAACUUUUCAAGCACGAAUGUAACGCCGAAUACUUAUCCUACACACUACCCAUGUCGAUGCAAAAUCCUUAUUUGGACGCGCAUGCUCGAGCAACGGCAGACCCGGAAACGGGCGCUAUUCAAUAUGCUGGUACUCCCAGGCUCUCCGUAACAAAAAUGCUAACCAAAAGGUGGUGUGAAUUGCGUGAGACGUACGAUAUUUAUUCGCAGAUACCCAUAUAUGAGCACAGCCAGGUUGCCCAGGGCCGGCAGGUACAUCAGAUGCUUGAGGAAGAGGCACAUGUACCAAUAGACGUGGAAGAGUUCAAGACAAAUUUUGAGGUCACUAUUCCUAACGACGCCUUCCAUACUCUAGUUGAAGACUGGUAUGCAACCACGACGAGACUUUUGACUCUACUCAAAACAGGCGAAGCGAGAGAGAUACUGUGCCAUGGGUAUCUGAAUCCUGAGUCUUGUCGUCUGCUGAAAGGAAAUGUGACCAGCGACGAAGACAUUUUAGUUAGCGGCAUCAUCGAUCAUUUGGUGCUGAGACGACGCGAUUCAUCUACCAGUGCGCCCAGACCACUAGUGAGCGAUUGGGAUGAUCAGUAUGGAGCGGACGCUCUUGACAUCAGAAAGAUCUUAGAAAGGUUAUCCGUCUCGGUGAAGGAUGCGAAAGAGGAUAUGGAGCUAAUAAUCAGCGAUGUGAAAACCCGCCCAACGAAAACUGUGCCCACACAACAAACCGUCAUAACAGCAGCCAAGUUACAAGUUAUGUACUACCGGUAUUUUAUGGAGACACUGGGAUUGGACGCGCAUGCCACAUACAACAAGUUGCUGAUAAAUGCACAAAGGCGGGGGCAUGACGUUGAUCAGCCAGUUGAACCAGGGAAAAUCAUAUAUCUAAUGGAGGUGGAUCCAAUCAUGAAGGCGGAUAUGGUGAGACUGCAUAACGGCUCCCCUAUAGGCUUCGAACCCUUUGACAAGUUUUACAGUCAAUACAAGAAGACAGAAGCUUGCACAUGGGAGUCUCUUACAAGCAGAAUAACCGAUCCCCUUACAAGACAGAAAUAUGGCUCUCUAUUUUCCAACUGGGCUACUCCGGUUACUUUGCGCUAUUUUGCGGCUCGCUUGGCUCAACUUUAUCACAUCUUGGGGCCGUUACUUUCCUCAGAGUUGAUGAUAGAGUACUAUUCCGGCAAUAAAAACUUUCACAACAUUUCCUUCACAUACGAUUCACAGGCCUUAAUGCACCAGAGCACCGACAGCGCCCUGUUCUGGUUUGGCAAGCGAAACAUUGAGCCUAUAAAGCCAACUUUACGAAAUGUUUUAACCUACUGCAAGUACUGUGACUACCAAAGCAUCUGUCUCUGGAAGAAAGAGGCCAAAGAAAAAGCCCAGAACUUAGGAAAAGACCUGGAGAAGCUCUAUCCGGGAGUGAGAAGCUAG